CAAUAGCAAACACGUCCGUUUGUCCGCCACACCACAAACACUGGACCCUAAGGUGCUGCGAUCAUUUGCAUUCCACGGUUGCUUCUCUCACCAAGUCCCCCGCGAUGACAUCACCGCCAGCAGUCGAUCCGGCAGUCCCCGACUCCCUCUCCGAAGACAUCAUUGAAAAAUCUGACGCUCUCCAAUUCCGAGACCUCAACCAACCGGACCUCCACUUGAGAUAUUGGUGUCGUCGAGGGUAUUCAGAAAAGCCAAACCCCAACGUUCUCAUCUGGGUGCACGGCAUCGGGGAGCAUGCCGGCCGAUACAAAGAGCUUGCGACAGAAGUUCUGACUCGCGUACCUUCCCUUGAUGGGAUAGCUUCAUACGAUCAGCGUGGGCAUGGAAAGUCUCAAGGCGCUCGAGGAGCUGCGCCGUCUGUCACAGCGCUGGUGGACGACUUUGUGGAGCAUGCGUCCAGGCGCAUGGCGCUGGAGUUUGGCAUGGACCCGCGCAUUAUAAUUGGCGGUCAUUCUCUUGGUGCGCUUGUGGUCGCUGGUGCAGCAGAGAAAGCAGACUGGUUGCAGGCUGAGGAGUGCGGGAAGAUUGUUGGAGUGCUUCUGUCUGGACCCGCGAUUUAUCCCUGUGUGGUGGGUGCAGUUAACAAAGCCCUUGCUCCGAUGUCUUCUGUGUUGUGUAUGAUUCCGGGGGUAAAGCGGUUGACGAAAGGCAGUGGCGUCGAUCCGAAGAAACUUUCUCAUGACGAGAUAGAAGUGCAGAAGUACUUGGACGAUGACUUGGUACAUGACCAAAUCGGGGUGGGUCUUGCUACAGACAGUCUCAACUACGGCCGCAACCUCAUCCAGCGCCUGAAAGAGACGUCAAAUUCCGCGCAUAUUCUAACGAGCGGGACUCCAUUGCUGGUGAUACACGGAGAACUAGACGAGGUUUGUUCUGUGGAUGGUAGUCGGGCGUUAGUAGAGGCGUGCGGUGGAAACAGCGCGGAGCUUGUGGUUGUACCAGGGGCUUUCCACGAAAUUCACAAUGAGCGAAAAGAAAACGGAAAGGAAGACAUGCUCAAUUCUUGUGCACAGUUCCUGAAUAAGGUUUUUGCAGGCAAGCAAGAAAUGUCUGGAUCUACCGGAGUUACUGAGGGUACAUAAGCUGGACGCUACGGAUAAAUGUAGAGGUUCUUGAGAAGGGCGUGCAUGUCGCGCAUGGCAAGGUAUGCAUGCAAGAAAUACGCUGCUCGUUUUGUAUGCAUUCAUCAUAUACGCGUAUUGCUAAAGCACAACAUGAACGGUGCCAAUGCUUUAA